AUGACUGAUUAUAGUAAAGCAACAGAUGGUACAAAGGUUAUUCAUGAUGAUCCAUGGUUGGAACCAUAUAAAGAAGUAAUUAAAAGAAGACAUAAUCAAGUUAAAAAUACCAUUCAAAAAUUGGAAGAAAGUGAAGGUAGUUUAUUAAAAUUUUCUCAAGGAUAUGAAUACUUUGGUUUCAAUGUUACAAAAGAUGGUGUAAACUAUAGAGAAUGGUUACCAUCUGCUCAUGAAGUUUAUUUAGUUGGUGAUUUCAAUCAAUGGAAUAAAACAAGUCAUCCACUUGAAAGAGAUAAUUAUGGUAGAUGGAGUAUUUUCAUUCCAAAUAAUUCAAAUGGUGAAUGUGCAAUUCCACAUGGUUCAAAAAUUAAAAUUUAUUUAAAAUUAGCAAAUGGUAAUUUUGAUUAUAGAAUACCAGCAUGGAUUAAAAGAGUUGAACAAACCAAAGAGAAUCCAGUAUUUGAUGGUGUAUUUUGGAAUCCAAGUAAACAAUAUGUAUUUAAGAAUAAAUCACCAAUGAAACCAACAGAGUUGAGAAUUUAUGAAGCACAUGUUGGUAUGUCAAGUGAAUUACCAGAGAUAUCAACAUACAGUAAAUUCAAGGAUACUGUAUUACCAAUGGUGAAGGAGUUGGGAUACAAUUGUAUUCAGUUGAUGGCAGUUAUGGAGCAUGCCUAUUAUGCAUCGUUUGGUUAUCAAGUGACAAAUUUCUUUGCAAUCAGCAGUAGAUUUGGCACACCGGAGGAGUUGAAAGAGAUGAUUGAUAAAGCACACGAGAUGGGAUUGUUGGUGUUUUUAGACGUUGUUCAUAGCCAUGCAUCAAAGAAUGUGUUGGACGGUCUCAAUCAAUUGGACGGCACCGAUCAUCAUUACUUUCACUCGGGUGGUCGUGGAAAUCAUGAGUUGUGGGAUAGCAGAUUAUUCAAUUAUGGCAAUUGGGAGGUGAUGAGAUUCCUUUUAUCGAAUUUACGUUUCUACGUUGACGAGUAUCAUUUCGAUGGAUUCAGAUUCGAUGGUGUAACAAGCAUGAUUUACACUCAUCAUGGUUUAUCACCAGCAUGCUCAUACGACGACUAUUUCGGUGGUGCUGUCGACGAGGAUGCGUUAAAUUAUCUCACUUUGGCAAAUGUUAUGCUCCACACAUUGAAUCCAUCAAUUGUCACCAUCGCAGAGGAAGUCACUGGUUUAGCAACACUUUGUCGUCCAUUUAGUGAGGGUGGUGGUGAUUUCGAUUACCGUUUAGCUAUGGGUAUACCUGAUAAAUGGAUCGAAUUGGUCAAGGAGAAAAAAGAUGAAGAUUGGAAUAUGGGUACUAUCGCUCACAUGCUAUCGAAUCGUCGUUACAAGGAGAAGAAUAUAGCAUACGCCGAAUCACAUGAUCAAUCAUUGGUGGGUGAUAAAACUUUGGCAUUCUGGUUAAUGGAUAAGGAAAUGUAUACAAAUAUGUCUGUCACAACCGAAGAGACUCCAAUCAUUGAUCGUGGUAUGUCUUUACAUAAGAUGAUUCGUUUGAUCACUUCUUCAUUGGGUGGUGAUGGUUAUCUAAAUUUUAUGGGUAACGAGUUUGGUCACCCAGAAUGGGUGGAUUUCCCACGUGAAGGUAAUAACAAUAGUUUACAUCAUGCUCGUCGUAGAUGGGACCUCUAUAGAAAUCCAUUAUUAAGAUAUAAACAAUUACGUGACUUUGAUAUUGCAAUGAAUAAAGCUGAACAAGAAUUCCGUUGGUUAUCUUCCGAUUUCGCUUAUAUCUCUUUGAAACAUGAAGAUGAUAAAAUCAUAGUUUUCGAACGUGCUUCUCUUAUCUUUAUCUUUAACUUUCAUCCAUCUAAAAGUUUCUCUGAUUAUAGAAUUGGUUCUGGUGUACCAGGUAAAUUUAUAAAUGUUUUAGAUUCUGAUCGUAAAGAAUUUGGUGGUCAUGUUCGUAUUGGUAAAGAUAAUUAUCAUUAUACUGAAGAUAAACCAUGGCAUGAUAGAAAAUAUUCUUUAUUAAUUUAUAUUCCAUCAAGAACUUGUUUAGUUUUAAAAAAAGUUGAUUAA